UCCCAUCGACGUUGGUGAGUCGAGCCUGGUCCUCCAGCAGCCGCGGCGCGGUCAGUACUGCUUCGGGCUGGAGGGGAGCUGAGUAGAAACUCUAACUCCAACUGUUUUCUAUCACCCUGAGCGGCAAUUCCUCCUCAGGUAACCGGAGCAGUGCCUUACCCUCGUCUGAAUCAAACGCAGUCCAGUCCAGGAACCGCAGCUUCAGGCUUGGUUCCACCUGCUGUUUUCCACAAGCAGAAGACAGACAAACAUUUCAAGCUGGAAGAGGGAGAGACGAGCAGGGCUGACGGCCCGACCUUUGUGCUGCGGCACAGAACCUCAACUCUACUGGAAAACCCUACAAGUCGAACAAGUCCCAUGAGUCCACGGGAACAAGAAGACACGCCCACCUCAGGUUCUUCACCCAGUCACCUCAGCACCACAGAGUGCCCCGCUCACAAUGGGAAUGUCCCAGAUUGUGACGACAAGAGACGAAUAAAUGAAGACGACGACAGAGGAAGAGAAAAGAAAGAGGUGGAAGAGGAUGAGAGAAGCAGCGAUGAAGGCUUCAUGGGAAUGACUCCACUGCUGCAGGCUCACCACGCCAUGGAAAAGAUGGAGGAGUUUGUGCACAAGGUGUGGGAGGGCCGGUGGCGCGUCAUACCACACGACGUGCUCCCCGAUUGGCUGAAGGACAACGACUUCCUGCUCCAUGGCCACAGACCACCGAUGCCUUCAUUCCGCGCCUGCUUCAAGAGCAUUUUCAGAAUCCACACAGAGACGGGCAACAUUUGGACACAUCUGCUGGGCUGCUUGUUCUUCCUCUUCCUGGGUCUCAUGUACAUGUUUAGGCCCAACAUGUCCUUUGUGGCUCCUGUCCAGGAGAAGGUCGUGAUUGGGAUGUUCUUCCUUGGAGCCAUCCUCUGCCUGUCUUUCUCCUGGCUCUUCCACACAGUCUACUGUCACUCAGAGGGCGUCUCUAAAGUCUUCUCUAAACUGGACUACAGUGGGAUUGCCUUCCUGAUCAUGGGCUCCUUUGUCCCCUGGUUGUAUUACUCCUUCUACUGCUCCCCCCAGCCCUGUUUCAUCUACCUGAUGGUCAUCUGCAUCCUGGGACUGACGGCCAUCAUUGUGUCACAGUGUGACUUCUUUGCUACACCGCAGUACAGAGGAGUCAGAGCAGGUGUGUUUGUGGGUUUGGGUCUGAGCGGCGUGGUUCCUACCUUGCACUUUGUCAUCAGCGAGGGUUUGAUCAAAGCCACCACCAUCGGUCAGAUGGGCUGGUUGCUGCUGAUGGCAACUCUCUACAUCACCGGUGCCUGUUUGUACGCCGCUCGCAUCCCCGAGAGGUUCUUUCCUGGCAAGUGUGACAUCUGGUUCCACUCCCAUCAGCUGUUCCACAUCUUGGUGGUCGCCGGGGCUUUCGUCCACUUUCACGGUGUCUCCAACCUGCAGGAGUUUCGGUACACUGCAGGAGGGGGCUGCACCGAUGACGGCAGUCUUUAACGCACACCUCCACACUGACUCACCUGUUCACUGACAGAUUCAUGAGGAAGCACUGGCUGAAAUAAUCUGCACAGCGUCACUGAGACAGAAAUGUUCACGUGAUCCUACCAUCACAACCACAGCGGCCUGUCCCGCUGUGACCAGAGUGGCCUCCAGGGGGCACUAUGAAAACUAACAAGUGCUUUGUUCCCUAAUUUUGUCCAUCUCUGUGGGCCUGUCUAUACCGACCUUCUUUGGCUCUGUUGCUUUGUCUCAAAUCGACACUUCUGAGACGGCGUGUUUUAUAAUGAAGCUGUUUUUGGUUUGGAAGGGAUGAAACAUCCGCAAAUCCUCUUCAGUAAUUUGACUAAGAAUUUAUCUGAUUUCAAGAAAAUACAGAAAUUUGGUUUAAAAAGCUUUGGGGUGUUUUUUUAUUUUUUGGGUGAAUGCUGUUUUUUCAAGUCACUUUCAGAUAUAAAAAAUGGAGUGGGAAAUGUCUUUGAAUUGUUCAUAAAUAAGAUUUCUAAACUUUUAGCUAUAGAUUUGUAAAAAAAAAAACAAAAAAACAAAAAGAUGUUAUAAAUAACAAAAAAGUUAGAUAAUAAACCAAUCGAGAGGAUGAAGCGUCUAAGAGCUCUGGCAGCAUCCUUCAUCGGAGGAGGAAAUAAGAAUGCAGGUGAUGAUGUAAAGCUAAAGGAAAGGGUUUGAUCUGCUCCUUCCUGCUCGGCAACCUGGUUUCGAAUUAAACGUCAGGCUUUACAAAACCAAAAUAAGUCAAAGAUAAAAUAAUAUUUUGAUAUGUAGCAGUUUUUUUAUUUGUCUGGCUGUUAAAUUGUAUUAAAUAUUCUCAUGCCAUACCCCCCCCCCCCCCCCCCAGCGAUAAGACACCAGACCAACUUAGGUUGGUAGUUUUUUUUUACAAACAAGGCCCCUGUCCUAUAUGUUUUUUGCUAAUAGAAGCGAUGAAACCGAGGUUUUCAGGGCAAAUGUGUUUUUAAUCCAGUGUGUGUCUCACACAACCAGAACAAGGAGAAUCUUUUUGUUGUUUAUCUUUCUUUUUGAUUGCUUUAUGUUUUAAUUUACCCACUGCUAUCAAUAGUAUUAUUAUGCAAGCUUGAAUUCCUUUGUGUUAAAAGUUAGAAAAAUAAUUUCCCUUUAAUUGUAAAUUCAAAAAUAUGACUAGAGGACAGGAUUAUAAUCUGUAGCUGAAGAUUAAAAAUUCACCAGUUGACUACAAACAGACUUUUUAACCCUAACUUUCUGGUAUAACCAAAAUCUUCCGAUUCUGAGCUUAUCGUAAACUGUAAGAUUGCUUGAAGUUGGGUUUGAAAGUGGGCGAGUUGUCUGAGCUGCUUCUCUUUGCAGAAAUACAAAAAAAAAUUCUUGUUUUUUCAUUUGUACUUUUUCUGGUUCUGUUUUCUCUAGUUUAUAUUAAUUUAUUCCUGUUUCCAUGUGCUUAAUGUCUGGAGCACAUUUUCCAGUCUGAUGGGAAUGUUUGGUUUGCAGUAGACCUUUAUAUCUGCUGGAUUGUUCUAAUAAAACAGAUUUUUAAACUCUU